GCUGCCUCGCGCGCUGCUCGCUUGCUGUCUGGGCAUGGAGCGUGCGGCACGUGCUUUGUCCAUACUGAAUCGGUUAUGUAGAUCUGAACUGUACUUUUUGAAGACUCAUUCUUUGUGUGGAAGCGGACUGGAUCAGAACUGAUACUCCUCCGUGCUUUACUGUCCCACAGCAUCCAAGAAAAAGCUGGGGUUCAUUCCACUGGGAAGUUUGCAGGUGAAGAGGAACGACGGGGAUACCGGGACUGUCUGGGAUGCUGCUGUAUGAAGUCUCACUCUGCGUUAAGUAUUUUCAGUCCUUAACUUCCAGAUCAGCUGGAAUAUGAGAAAGGCUGGUGAGCUUAGUGGAACCAGUUUGAACCCAGGGGAAGUGCGUAAAAGCGGUAUUUCGAAGCUGGAUCCUCUCUGUGCGCUUAUUUUCAUCAAGCUGAAUGAAAACAGAAUUUCAAGGGGCAAUAAAAAGGAAAUUGGACGGAAAGUCCAGAAGACACGGAAGUAGCCGGAUCCAACUGUUUCAUCUGGGGAAAGAGCAGUCACAGAAAAAAACACUGGGAGUUGAAAAAAGAAUCAAAACCUUCUCUGAUCAUCAAAUUCUGCCAUUGUCGUGUUCAACGGCCGAGUCAUGGGUAGCCAACAAUUAUCCCUACAGAACAGACCCUAACAAAGCUGUCCCUUGCCUGGUAUUAAUUUGGAAAGUGUGGCUGUGAUGUGCUGCCUUCCUAACAUCCCCAGACGCAGCAGGCACAGCCGAGCCUCAACACAAACCUCGAUUCAGAAGGCCUCAUGUGGACCACUGUGAAGAUAAGAGACAAGGGAACUGUUGUAUCUGCCGUCAUCUUCGUCCUACAUGCAGCUGCGUGUUUAGCUUUAUUGGAAAGGAGGAGCCUAUUAAAGCCUCUGAUAGAUUGGAAAGCCAUGUCUGAAGGUGUAGUUUCCUGCUGACUGCUGGUUGGAGAUGAGAUAAGAGAAAGCCAGUCUGCAGCGGAAUACAAAUUAGGACUUGGCUUCCCCACUGCUGCAGGAGGGACACGGGGUACUUCAGAACUAAAACCAGUUUGUCACUGAAGCAACAGAAGUAAAGAUUUUAGCUCAAAAUGAUUGAGCUUUGGAAAUAACUUUAUUCUACCAUGACAAAGCUGAAAAACAAAGAGACACGUUAAAAGGAAGGACUAACCAAGUGUGCCACACCACUGUGCUGCCUUUUUUUUCAGAACAAUGCAAGAUGGGGCUUAAAUUUGUAGCAAUGGUCUGAACUGUCUUAAAGGAGGGGUCAAGGCGAGAUGGAGUUUGAGAAUAGCUCUUUGGAUUACCUCACCUUUAACAGCACAGAGAGUUCCAACAAGUCUGCAGCACCAACCUGGAGUGAGGACAUGCUCCUUGGCCUCCAGGUCUCCCUGUCCGUCCUGUUAGCCCUUGUUACUCUGGCUACUGUGCUUUCCAAUGCCUUCGUCAUCACCACCAUCUUUCUGACCAGGAAGCUCCACACACCAGCCAACUUUCUGAUUGGCUCUCUUGCUGUCACGGACCUGCUGGUGUCUAUUUUAGUCAUGCCAAUAAGCAUCCUCUACACUGUCAGCAAAACCUGGUCCCUGGGGCAGAUUGUUUGCGACAUUUGGUUAUCGUCUGACAUCACCUUUUGCACGGCCUCCAUCUUGCACCUGUGUGUGAUUGCAUUGGACCGUUACUGGGCAAUCACAGACGCGCUGGAGUACCCGAAGCGUCGCACCAUGCGCCGCGCGGCGAUGAUGGUCGGGGUUGUGUGGGUGAUUUCUAUAUCCAUAUCCAUGCCUCCACUUUUCUGGCGGCAGGCUAAAGCACACGAGGAACUGACGGAGUGCGUGGUGAAUACAGAUCAGAUUUCCUACACCCUAUAUUCCACCUUCGGCGCCUUCUAUGUUCCCACAGUGCUUCUCAUCAUCCUCUAUGGACGGAUUUACAUGGCUGCACGUUCUCGCAUUUUAAAGACCCCUUGCUCGUCUGGAAAGCGCUUCACCACAGCACAGCUCAUCCAGACCUCUGCAGGCUCAUCUCUCUGUUCUCUUAAUUCUACCUCCCACCAGGAAGCACACCUACACUCUGGCAGCACAAGAAGUGGAGGGUCACCUCUGUUCAUGAAUAGUGUGAAAGUAAAGCUGGCAGACAGCGUGCUGGAGAGGAAACGUCUGUGUGCAGCACGGGAGAGGAAAGCCACCAAGACGCUGGGCAUCAUUCUGGGUGCCUUUAUCGUCUGUUGGCUCCCAUUCUUUGUUGGUACGCUGGUCCUGGCCAUAUGUAAGGAAUGCUGGUUUCACCCCAUUCUGUUUGAUCUCUUCACCUGGCUUGGAUACCUAAACUCCCUCAUCAACCCAGUCAUCUACACUGCAUUCAACGAUGAGUUCAAGCAGGCUUUCCAGAAACUCAUUAAAUGCAGACGAAACUUCUGAUCCUUUUAAGCCAAGCUAGUUUUUUAUUUGUAUGUGUCAUUGAUACCAAUCAACAUUGUGAGCAUUAUAAAACUGAAGCACAAAUCUUUAGAGACCCACUCCGAUCAUCUUUUGAGCAUUCCCAGUGGGCUUUUAAUUAUGAUUAUGUGUUGUUUUCUAGGACAGACUUUCUGCAGAGCAGCAGGACUUGCUUCACAAAUUUGUCUUGAAGGUGUGGGUGAGACUGUUGACAUGGAGCAGCUUUUUUUUACCUAAUAUGUUUUCCAUCAUUAGAUAAAUGCUAGAAGAACAUAAUGCUACAUUCACAGCAGGCAUGUGUGACACAUUCAAGAACGUGCUGAACGUGUUUUUUUGUACGUACUUUAGCAAAGGUUGUUCAGUCUGGACUGGCCCUACCCAAUACUAGCACAUGUACUCGCAGCUUGUUGCAAAAUGUCAAAGCGGUGUAAAUCUCAGAAUUCGUGCUCCAGGUUUUUUCUUUCACAGUCCUUUUUAGAUAUAUGAAAUACUUGGAGUCAUAAAAAUUCCAGCCAAGCACAAACCGCAAUAAUUAAUUUCUCCCUUAUGAUCAAUUUUUAAAUGGUUAGCACUUGUGUGUUUUCAGAAGGAUACUACUCACGCGUCAUUACCAAACCCGAGUCCCUGAUUGGUCGAAGUUUAACUGGUUUCUCUUUUGUCACUCAUUCAAUGGCAGCACAUUUUGUACGAGGUACGAAGACUUAAAACGUGCGCAGCGAUGCGUUUAAAUGUGGAACCCUGAAAUGCACAUAUGCAUGCGUUUACAUUGACAAGUGUUUUGGAGCCUGGUGUAUAUGUGGCAUAUAAAUACCAAAAUCACCAUUUCAUCGGAGUGGGUCUUUAAAAAAUGUUAUUGUGUCCUUUGUGGAGCUUCUUCAGAAAUAGAAACUCACAGGGUUAAAUUCAAUUUGUUGCUCAAAACAACAACUAGUUUUUUGUUUGUUUUUUUGGUUUUUGUGUACAAGCAUAACUGUAAACUAGUGACCGUAUUUAACCCUACUGAAGGGAAAAGCCAAGAAAGGUAUGUUGUUUGAAUCUCUAUGUAACACCGUAAGCGUCCGCUGCCAUAUGUUUCCAUGGAAAUCUACUAGGAAAGACUCUGUGUCUCCACAAGCAAUUAUUCCUAAAGGGAGGUGUUAGUGUGCGGUCACUGCAACAAAUACUUGCUUUAAGGAAGGGAGAAAUUGUCAAGUGUUUUGCAUUUCAACCUGAUAGUUUUCCAGUGGAGCCAUUUGUUUUGGUUACACAGACUGAAAAUGGAAUAUGUCCAGUCUGAAUAUUUAAUAUCUGAGCGUCAUGGCAACACAUUUUUCUCUAGAAAACUCUUCCAAAAUAGUGCGAAGAAGCACAAAAGACACUAACAAACAAAACUGGACAUCGAGUUUGUUUUAUUUAGGAUUUAAUGCUCUGGGUUGAUUCUAAUUUUACUUCCGUGGGGGACAGUGUCACGUUUAAGAGCAUUUAAUGACGCUAAACAUAGUAAUGGAAUGUCUGGAAUCCUCAAAGUCACUGAGACAGUUUAUGUUCUAUGUGUCAUAUUUCAUUCUGAUCCUCUAAUGGCUCACACAGGGGAGAAGGACUGCUUUCCAGUAACAUUUUAACAUCAAUGUGUAACAGGAAUGGAGGUGAGUGGUUCAAAAGGUAUGCCUAAUGGAAAAUAAUCAAUUAAAAAACAACUGAAAACAAGAAUAACCUUUUUUUUUAUUGUCGCGCACUGCAAAAAUGUUCCUGAACCGCAUUUUCUCAGAAAAAAAACAAAACAACAAAAAAAAUGCCUUGCAGUUGUUGAUAAGCGCAAGAGAAGCCUGUUGUGAGGAUUUGAUGUUCAAAUGCCAAUCACAAAACAACUCCCCCUAGUUUGUGGGCCGUAUAAAAACAAGAGUAAAAUGGAAGGAUGGAUGCAUAAAAGUUCAAAUUUACAUUCAUUCAUCUUCUUCCGUUUAUCCCUUCCGGGGUCAUGGGGCUACCGGAGCCUGUCCCAGCCACUUAUGGCUGAAGGCAGGGGAAACCCUGGACAGGUCGCCAGUCUGUCGCAGGGUCACACAUGUCACACACCCAUGCACACCUAUGGACAAUUUAGAGGGACCAA